UUCGAGGAGAUUCCCGAGCCUGGACUUUGCCUGCUAGGGGAGCUUUAGAGCAGCCCAGCAGCCGGGCGCCCCGCGGAGGUGCAGCCCAGGCCGCGCACCCCCGCCCCCCGACCUUGCACGUGACUCGCACCGGCCACUCAGCGCCGGGGAGCUGGAGCGCUGCGGCCCGGGAACGCAAAGGCGAGCUGGGGGACUCCGAGCCGGCCCGCGCAGUGGCCGCGAGAGGCUUAGUCGCCGCGGCGGCUCCCGGGACACCCAGGUCAGCGCGCGCGGGUUUCCAGGAAGCUCAAGCCACGGCAGGACCGCGGCUGCAGCGAGGCAGGAAGGAGCCAGCCCGCUGGACCCUGCUCUGUGCCCGCGGGCGUCCUGAAGGCGAGAACGAGGCCUCCCAGCGUCGCGAGUGGGGACCCGCAGCCAGGCUCUGCUCGGGGUCCUCUGCCACGUGUAGGCACUCCGGACCUCCAGGCCCUGGGGUGGAUUCCACUUCCAGAACAACCAAAAUUUCAAUGUGGGAUGUUCCUGAGUAAUCAAGAGCCUAAAAUCUUUUGCUCAAUGCUGGAUUUAAUACGCAUGCAUUUUUGAACAAUUUGGGGCUUUUCCUUUGAUUUUUGAUCUUCGUUUUCAGUGACAGUCUCUUACCACACACGUUGCUGUCGUUUUCUCUCCCCGCCUCGCUCUUUGACCUGAGAGGGAGAUCGAGGACUCCCCGGCGAAGAGAGCCCGGGGCGAUGUACCAGAGCCUGGCCAUGGCCGCCAACCACGGCCCCCCGCCCGGCGCCUACGAGACCGGCGGCCCCGGGGCCUUCAUGCCCAGUGCCGCGGCCGCGUCCUCGCCGGUCUACGUGCCCACCCCGCGGGUGCCAUCCUCGGUGCUCGGCCUGUCUUACCUCCAGGGCGGAGCUGGGGGCGCCGCGUCCGGGGCCUCCUCCGGCGGCAGCGCGGGUGCUACCCCGUCGGGGGCCGGGCCCGGGACCCAGCAGGGCAGCCCGGGCUGGAGCCAGGCGGGAGCAGAGGGAGCCGCCUACACCCCUCCGCCGGUGUCGCCGCGCUUCUCCUUCCCGGGCACCACGGGGUCCCUGGCGGCCGCCGCAGCCGCAGCCGCUGCCCGGGAAGCCGCAGCCUACAGCAGCGGCGGGGCGGCGAGCGCGGGGUUGGCGGGCCGCGAGCAGUACGGGCGCGCCGGCUUCGCGGGGUCCUACUCCAGCCCCUACCCGGCCUACAUGGCCGACGUGGGCGCGUCCUGGGCCGCCGCCGCCGCCGCCUCCGCCACCCCCUUCGACAGCCCGGUCUUGCACAGCCUGCCCGGCCGGGCCAACCCCGCCGCGCGACACCCCAAUCUCGUAGAUAUGUUUGACGACUUCUCAGAAGGCAGAGAGUGCGUCAACUGUGGAGCCAUGUCCACUCCGUUGUGGCGGCGGGACGGGACUGGACACUACCUGUGCAAUGCCUGCGGCCUCUACCACAAGAUGAACGGCAUCAACCGGCCGCUCAUCAAGCCGCAACGCCGCCUGUCCGCCUCCCGCCGAGUGGGCCUCUCCUGUGCCAACUGCCAGACCACCACCACCACGCUGUGGCGCCGCAACGCCGAGGGGGAGCCGGUGUGCAACGCCUGCGGUCUCUACAUGAAGCUCCACGGCGUCCCCAGGCCUCUUGCGAUGCGGAAAGAGGGGAUUCAGACCAGAAAACGGAAGCCCAAGAACCUUAACAAAUCUAAGACACCAGCAGGUCCUUCCGGCAGUGAGAGCCUCCCUCCCACCAGUGGUGCCUCCAGCAACUCCAGCAAUGCCCCAAGUAGCAGCAGCAGUGAAGAGAUGCGCCCCAUCAAGACAGAGCCCGGCCUACAGUCUCACUACGCCCACGGCAGCUCCAUGGCCCAGACGUUCUCAGUCAGCACGAUGUCCGGCCACGGGCCCUCCAUUCACCCGGUGCUCUCAGCCCUGAAGCUCUCCCCACAAGGCUAUGCGGCCCCCGUCAGCCAGUCCCCACAGGGCAGCUCCAAGCAGGACUCUUGGAACAGCCUAGUCUUGGCUGAUGGUCACGGGGACAUAAUCACGGCGUAAUCUUCCCUUCUUCCCUCCCAAAUUCCUGCACGGACCUGGGAGCUGGGGGACAGCAGAUAGCCAGGCCCUGCGCUCCCGGGGGCUGGCCUCCUCAGUCUGGGAUGACUCCAGAGGAACAACUGGGAAGAAACUUGAAGUCGCCUAUCUGGUUAGGGGCAGUGGGUACUGGAUUUCCGCAGAUGCCUUUUCAAGGUAGGGGACUGGGAAGAGCCCACCCACCGUGACAAGCACACAGAGUAUCUAUCUCUGUGAGUGGGAGACUUCGUUCCAUUCUCUGCCCCACCCUGUCCCUGACGAGAGACAGCACGUCCUCCUCCCUUGUUCUUCCACCACCGUGGCCGGAAACAGUGGUUUCUCCAUCGGGUUCCCAGUGCCCAGGAUCUAAGGGUGAAGAAAGGGCAGGGCCCUGGGAGGGUACCUGUGUGUGGAUGUGAUGGGUCCUGCGGGCACCUGUGCCCUUGCCCAACACUCCCCCUUCAGGCAUGGCACAUCCCCGUGUCCCCCUGGCCAAAUCCGACUCCACAACACUGGGUGUAACUCAGAUGUCACUGAACACCUCCUGGGGAGAUGGGCAGCGGCUUCACCCGCCGUGUGGCAGAACUUCAUCCACGUGCAGUUUGGCACCUGUGCCCCCAGCUUUUCCCCCACUACGGGCUUCAUCCUUGGCUCCCUCCUCUCUUCACUUCUAAGCCCUCUUAAAUAAAAAUUCCUCCUGUGGUUCUAAGCAAUUCAACUCUGCCUUCAGCUUGGACUUGUCUCUCCGGUGGUAAAACAAGAGCUGUGUAGUCUAGCUGGACAGUGCCCCCUCCAUUCUGUCCCCAACAUCCUUCCUCCGCCUGCCGCACACAGAGGGGCCGUGCUGCUCGGCUAAGCUCAGGAAACUCACCUGCGCUGUGAGAGCCUUCUGAAGAGAGUGUCUGGUGGAUACCAUCCUGUUGGGGCUCAGGGGCUUUUCGAGGACGUGAUCUCAGAUCCUCCCGGGGCUGCUGCCCUGUGGAGAUAGGCCCCUUGGCCAGUCGGCAGCCCAAGACCCCAAGCCCUCGGACUUUACAUCCUUUCCCCAAUAGAAAUCUUUUGUCCAGGAGGCAAAAGCCAGAGAUUUUGCAACAUAAAUUCAAAGCAAUAAUAAAACGUAAUAAAAUUCAUGGAAAGAAAGAAGACUGCCAGUAAGAGAAGAGACUGGAAGAUGCUGAGGGUGGGCCUGGCAAAGGUCUCCAGCUCCGCCACCUUCUCCUCAGUUCCCGCCUGGACACGGGGGCUCACAAGGACCAUCCGGUGUCCUUGUUAUUGGCACAGCAGCGUCUUGACUGUGGCAUGACUAUGCGUACCCCAAAACACCAGUCCCCCCAUUCUAAGAUCCUACUGGCUGUAGCAGAGAAUAUCUUUAAACCAAGAUUCUGUUUUAAUCAUAUUUACAUUGUUUUCUUCCCCAAAGCCACCUCAUAUACCCACCCUAACCCACAAACCUGUUAACAUUGUCUUAAGGUGAAAUGGCUGUAAAAUCAGUAUUUAACUAAUAAAUUUAUCUGUAUUCCUCCU